AUGCGCCCCAGAUACCGCGAAUGCGUCGGAAAUGAACUCCUAUCUGUAUUCGGAGUACGGGAACCUGUGGUGACAGCCGAGAAAAUGGCUGGAUCUGCCAUGUACGAGCUCGUCCGAGUGGGUCAUGGUGAAUUGGUCGGAGAGAUUAUUCGUCUCGAAGGCGACUACGCUACGAUUCAGGUCUACGAAGAGACGUCGGCCGUCACAAUCGGUGAUCCAGUACUACGUACAGGAAAGCCGCUUUCUGUGGAACUUGGUCCAGGAAUUAUGGGCUCUAUUUUCGACGGAAUCCAACGUCCGCUCAAGGAUAUUGCUGACAUUACACAGUCCAUAUACAUUCCCAAAGGAGUAUCAACGAAAGCGCUCUCACGUGAAGCUCGUUGGGAUUUCUCAGUAAACAAGAACAUAGUUGUGGGAUCUCACGUCACUGGUGGUGAUGUACUUGGAACAGUGCACGAAAAUCUUCUAAUCAAACACAAGGUUAUGCUCCCACCUACCUCAUGUGGUACAGUAACGUUCAUCGCUGCGUCUGGACAAUACACAGUCGAAGACAUCCUGUUGGAAGUCGAGUUUGCUGGGCAAAAGGAGAAGUUCGCUAUGCUUCAAAUUUGGCCUGUCCGUACUCCCCGUCCUUGUGCAGAGAAGUUAGCUGCUAACAAUCCACUGUUGUGCGGCCAACGAGUUCUUGAUGCGCUUUUCCCUUGCGUACAAGGAGGAACCACCGCUAUUCCAGGAGCUUUCGGUUGUGGAAAAACCGUUAUCUCCCAAUCGCUUUCGAAAUACUCCAACUCUGAUGCCAUCAUUUAUGUGGGAUGUGGUGAGCGCGGAAAUGAAAUGUCUGAGGUACUUCGUGAUUUCCCUGAGCUUACUAUGGAGGUCGAUGGAGUGACUACUUCAAUCAUGAAACGUACUGCACUUGUGGCUAACACAUCGAAUAUGCCUGUAGCUGCUCGAGAAGCUUCCAUUUACACUGGAAUUACUCUGGCUGAAUAUUUCCGUGAUAUGGGUCUGAAUGUGGCCAUGAUGGCUGACUCAACUUCACGAUGGGCUGAAGCACUUCGAGAAAUUUCUGGACGUUUGGGUGAAAUGCCUGCUGAUUCUGGUUAUCCUGCGUACCUUGCCGCUCGUCUUGCUUCGUUCUAUGAACGUGCUGGUAAAGUGAAAUGCUUAGGAAAUCCAGAACGCGAAGGAUCUGUCACAAUCGUCGGAGCUGUGUCGCCUCCUGGUGGAGAUUUCGCAGAUCCCGUCACGUCCGCCACUCUUGGUAUCGUACAAGUGUUCUGGGGAUUGGAUAAGAAGCUUGCACAGCGAAAACACUUCCCCUCUAUCAACUGGCUUAUUUCAUACAGUAAAUACAUGCGUGCCUUGGAAGAUUUCUAUGAGAAAAACCAUCCAGAGUUCAUAUCUCUGCGAACGAAGUGCAAGGAAAUUCUUCAGGAGGAAGAAGAUCUAUCUGAGAUUGUACAAUUGGUAGGAAAGGCAUCAUUAGCUGAAUCUGACAAGAUUACUCUUGAGGUUGCGAAGCUCAUAAAGGACGACUUCCUUCAGCAAAACGGUUACACUCCAUACGAUCGAUUCUGUCCCUUCUACAAAACCGUCGGCAUGCUCAAAAACAUGAUUGCAUUCUAUGAUUUGGCUCGCCAUGCUGUUGAAUCCACAGCCCAGUCGGAAAACAAGGUGACAUGGGCAAUUAUCAGAGAUCAUAUGGGAGACCUGCUGUAUCAGCUUUCGUCAAUGAAGUUCAAGGACCCCGUGAAGGAUGGUGAACAGAAGAUCAAGAAGGAAUAUGACGAUCUCUUAGAAGCAAUGCAGACCGCGUUCCGAAAUCUUGAAGAUUGA